GCCCGCCCGCUGGGGAGAGGAAGGCGGGAGGCGGCGGCGGCGGGGCGAUGGCGACGUUCUUCGGAGAGGUUGUGGUCGCUCCGUCCCGGGCCGGCGUGGACGAUGAGGAGGAGACCGAGGAGACGGCCGAGGAUCGGGAGAUCCGCAGGGAGCUGCAGGAGAAAAGGGAGAUCACCGUGCUCUGGACGCCGGGAGCCGCGGGGAGCCCUGCCGAGGAACCCCUGCGGUGCUCCAGGUUCAUCGUCGCCGUAGGACACAACGCUGUCGCUUUCCUGUCUGCUUUUAUUCUGGAUUCCGUAUGUUGGAAUAUAGUUGGAGCUGUGAAACUGUGGAAUGAAUGGUGCCAAACAACCAAUGCAACAAGUGUCCUCCCAACAGAUUCUUUCUGCUUGUUCUAUCAAUUAAUAUCAGAUCCAACAGUUUUGUUGUGCCAGUGUAGUUGCUACGUUGCUGAAGAUCAGCAGUUCCAGUGGCUUGAAAAGGUUUUUGGCCAUAUAGGAAAGAAAGGUUUGCAAGUAACCAUUCUUUCAACAUGUCCUGUAGCUGAGUAUAAAACUCAGGAAUCCACUUUGACGCUUCCAUCUCCAUUUCUGAAAGCCUUAAAGACCAAAGAAUUCAAAGAGGAGGUCUGCUGUCCACUGCUGGAGCAGCCAAACAUUGUGCGAGAUCUUCCUGCUGCUGUUCUGAGUUAUUGUCAAGUAUGGCAGAUUCCUGCCGUAUUGUACCAGUGCUACACUGACAUCAUCAAACUGGACGCGGUUACAAUUGAAGCAUUUAAGCCUCUGCUUUCUUCUAAACCCCUGAAGAAUUUAGUCAAGGAUAUAUCCGAAAGCACAAAGAUCUUGAAGAAGUUGCUGACAACUGGUGAAACUCACAAUAAUAUCUAUAUCUAAAGAGGACACUGGCAACAUAGUCGACACUUGUUUUAAACUCCAGUUUCUUCCAUAGAGGGCACUUUGGAAUUGUAGUUAUUUCUUCAAAAAUGGAAUAAAUUCUACUUGGUUUUUACUUUUGAAUUCAUUUUGGUUACUUUCUAGUUCAUCACAAUAAACACACAGUUUUUCUGUAGGGGAUGGAAGAUUUUCUCCAGGAGCAGCUGUGUGAGGAAAGAUAUCUUAAAUAUGACUAGCAAUUUCUUCUCUUCUUGAAGGAAUUGUCUUAUCUAAAUUGGCUCCUCUUAUAUACAAAAGAGUAAAUACGGUCAAUGUAUUCUUGUCUAUUUUUAACUUCAGUUUAUAUUACCUAACUUAAAGAUUUGUGGUAAAGAAAACAUUAUGUGCAUUUUUUAUCUAUGUAUAUGUAUGUACACAUGUAUAUACAUAUUUUUUAAUAUAUAGUGAUAUCUUUUAACGAACUGCUAGUGGAAAAUAAGCUUGCUUUACAAAGAGACGGGAAUGCAGAUCUUGUUUGAACUCAUGGGAGAGCUGUGAAUUGGAUUCACUGAGUGAAGGAUUGCAGCAGUUCAGGAUGGCACUGCCUGCAGAUCAGGCAGGAAGAGGUACGUGUCCACGUUCAGUUCCCAUUGGCAGUACCUCGCCAAAGACUUGUGUUUCUUUGAAGCUUCAGUCUUGGAGUUACUGAGGUGCAGAAGCUGGCUUUCUGUCAGAUAUUGGACAGAGGCAGGAGCCAUCGUGGCAGUAGGCUUACAAGGUGCUUCAGCAGGACAAAACUCAACAUUUCUAUUUCACGAAGGCUUUUAUGCUGAAUGCACAGUUUUUGGAGGAAAGUAGGCAUUCAAAUUCUGAAGUACUUGAAAAAAUUCUGAAACUUACUGACAAUUUCAGCAGUGUAUUUAAGAUGCUUGUUGGGGUUGGCAUGUAGUUCUGACUUGUUGAACUAAACUGCAUAUACACGUUUUACUUAAGAAUAUGGUGGUUAAGAAAACACGCCUUGCUCGUGUUGUCAGUGAACAGAGAUCUUGAAAUUGCACUCAGCUUAUCCUUUGGUGCAAAAAGAGUAUAGCAGUUUGGGAGUUCUCUGCUUCCUUUAACUUUGACUUACACUGGAUAUCCAAUGAAACUUUCUGAACAGCUUAUAUUCCUUUCAUGGAUCUGCCGUCCCUUGUGGUUGGAAAAUUGUUGGCUUAGUCAGUGUCCACUGAAGCAAGUAAUCCCAGGCUUCAGCAAGUCCUCUAUAACUUCUGUUGUUUUGGGGUUUUAUUUGAUGUUUUAAACCGCACACUGUAUUGUGGUUGCCACUGUAGUGGAACAUUCUUGAUGUGGGUUUAAAGUUGAUUAUUACUCAAGGCAUUGAUUUCAACUUCAGUUAAUAUAGCUAGAGUUAAGCAAGUAACUGUUACUUGAAAUGGUACUCUAUUUUCGAAUAGACUUGUGAAGUGCAGGAUAUGGUUCCUCCUAUUAUUUAAUGGUGGUUUUUUUAACUUCUGUGUAGCAUUUUAAUUAAAACCUGUUUUUACAAGUGA